UUGGUUUCCGGCUCAGUUCCGGCUGCUCUGAUCGCCAGGUUUAGUAGAGACGCGCUGUGCAUGUGGAGAGGCGUGUGGACGCGGGGAUUUCGCCCACCGCACCAGCAUGUUUGAGGAGCCCGAGUGGGCCGAGGAGGCCCCAGUAGCCACGGACCUCCGGCCUGAAGCCUCACGGCCUCCGCCCGCCUCAGCCUCGCAAAUCAAGGGCUCUAAGCACCGUCAGCUCUUGGCUACUUUACGGGCCCUGGAGGCAGCAUCUCUUCCCCAGCAAUCCCCCAGCCUGCCUGACAGUGACUCUGAGGAGGAUGUGGUGGAAAGGAAGAAAAAACACCUGAAAAAGUCCUCAUCUGCUAGUGCUUCUAUUGACGUAGAGAAGAAGAGGAAGAAGAAAUGUCAAAAACAGGGUCCACAUGGCAGUGACUAUGAAGAAAAGGAAGUAAAAAGGAAGAAAAACUGCCUCAGAGGGAUUCUCAAUGCCAGUGACCCUGCUGAAGAACAGAAGAGAAAGAGGAAGUGCCAGAAACAGGCCCCCUCAAACCCUGCCCAGCAUCUAGACAAGGAUAACAAAACAGGUUCCAAAGCUUGGAAGAGUACUGCUACAAAUAAUCAAUCCAAACUGAGUCCUGGCUCUACUUCUGCCAACCCCCCCCAGCCCUUGAGUCGCAAGCAGUGGCGGAACCGGCAGAAGAACAAACGUAGACAUAAGAACAAGUUUCGGCCACCUGACCAGGCUCCAGCCGCAGUGCCCACAGAGGAGACAGAGAUGCCUCCUGCCCCCAGCCCAGAUAAUCAUGAGGAUCGGGCAGGGGCUCUGCGAGCCCGCAUGGCACAGCGGCUGGACGGUGCCCGAUUUCGCUACCUCAAUGAACAGCUAUACUCAGGGCCUAGCAGUGCUGCACAGCGUCUCUUCCAGGAAGACCCUGAGGCCUUUCUCCUCUAUCACCGUGGCUUCCAGAGCCAAGUCAAGAAGUGGCCACUGCAGCCAGUGGACCGCAUCGCCAAGGAUCUUCGCCAGCGGCCCGCGUCCCUGGUGGUAGCUGACUUCGGCUGCGGGGACUGCCGCCUGGCCUCAAGUAUCCGGAACCCUGUGCACUGCUUUGACUUGGCCUCUCUGGACCCCAGGGUCACUGUGUGUGACAUGGCCCAGGUGCCUCUGGAGGAUGAAUCUGUGGAUGUGGCUGUGUUCUGCCUUUCCCUGAUGGGAACCAACAUCAGGGACUUCCUAGAGGAGGCAAAUCGAGUGCUGAAACAAGGGGGUCUCUUGAAAGUGGCUGAAGUCAGUAGCCGGUUUGAAGAUGUUCGGACCUUUCUGGGGGCUGUGACCAAACUGGGCUUCAAGGUCAUCUCCAAGGAUCUUACCAACAGCCACUUCUUCUUGUUUGACUUUGAAAAGACUGGGCCUCCUCAGGUAGGGCCCAAGGCUCAGCUCACAGGCCUGAAGCUUCAGCCAUGUCUCUACAAGCGCAGGUGACCUCUGGGCCCGCCUUGAAAGAGGAGGCAAGUCUUGAACUCCAGGCUCAUAACUGAAGACUAUAUCCAGCAAGUCACUGACCCAGGGACUGGUAUAUCCCUUUUGCCGUCCUAAGACUAAUGUGUGAUUAAACCCCCUGGUUCAGCCCCGCUCUAAUGAAGGCUUCUUGGUUGUGAGAAGCAUAAAAUCACUUGGGCUAGCUAAAGAGUAAGGAGUUUACUGUGAAAAUUCAAGGGUAUCUGGGAAUUAGGGUUCCUCCAAAUGUGGGAACUAGCUGGUUUGAAAUUCAGGGCGUCUCUGGGUUUGCUCCUCUUUCCAUCUCUCAGGAGCCACGUGGACUUUCUGCCCUGGCAUCUCUACUCGCUUCUCAUCUCCAUCUGCUGAGAAAAUCUACAGCCAGGGCUGGGUGUGUAAGAGGUGCUCAAUAAACCAUAGCUAUGGCUAUGAUGUGUUGUAAGCCUU